AUGCAACGAAAAAUUACUUCCGGCCUUCACUGGGCACUCUGGUCAACAUGUGCAGUGAUCCUGAUGAUGCCGCAUAACAUUCAGGUGGACGGGAGAGCGAUGCAAGUGCUUGAGGACAUAGAGACGCAGCCAAACUGGGUAAGCCAGUGGUGGGAAAUGGAAAGGAAGGAACCAGGAAGUGCCCAAGCAUCUUCCCCGGAAUUCAACUGGACAGACGAGCACGAUAUUGAUAGAUCAAAGCGGAAUUUCGUGCGUCUCGGAAAGAGGCAAAGAUUUGCUCGAUUGGGGCGCUUAUGA